AUGGCGGACGCUCAGAAAGAACUGCCUUUCAAGGCGGUGCAGAUCGAUGCCCUUCUCACACACUUUGGGCAUACUUCGCAAGUACAAGAGGCUGACUAUGGAGUUCAGGUCGCGAUCAAGAUUGCCACUGCCAGUGGUAAAUCCUUCCCUUCUCUCGCGACUGGUAGUGUGGUUGGCAUGGAGAAGAAUGGCGUCCUCGAGAUCACCAACUGCUUCCCCUUCCCAGAGCUGUCUGUUGCACAGGCCGAUGGACAGAACGACUCCGCGGCUAGUCUCGCCGCUGCCGCUCCUCGUGCCAAGCAGAACAUUGCAUACGGCAACGAGAUGAUCAAGUUCCUGCGCGAAGUCAACGUCGAUGCCAACAACGUGGGGUGGUACACCAGCACCAGCAUGGGCAACUUCGUCAACCUGAACACCAUUGAGAACCAGUACUUCUACCAGACCCAGCCAAAUGAGCGGACCGUGGCUGUCGUCUACGAUGUGAGCAGAAGCUCUCAAGGGAGCUUGAACCUGCGCGCAUACAGACUUUCGCCUUCCUUUGUGACCGCGUACAAGGAGGGCAAGUUCACAACCGAAAGUCUUCAAAAGAGCGGACUCCGUUACCACGACAUCCUGGUCGAACUCCCUGUUACCAUUCGCAACUCCCAUCUCCUCACAUCACUUCUUCACCAGCUGCCAUCCGUUGCGCCCAAGGAGGAGCUCAAAUUCCCACCCAACCUAGCUGCUCUGCAACAAGACCCGAACACCCCACAACCUCCUCUAUUUCCCAACUACGACUCGUUAGACCUCUCCAUCGACCCUUUCCUCGAGAAGACAUGUGAUCUCCUCCUCGAGAGCAUCGAGAAUCACCACACCGAGAUCAACAACUACCAGUACUACCAGCGCUCGCUCGCACGUGAGCAAACCAAGAUCACCGCCUGGCAACAGAAGCGCAAGGCCGAGAACGCCGCACGCACGGCAUCCAAGCAGGCCCUUCUCCCAGAAGACGAGUGGCAAAGACUGUUCAAGCUGCCCCAGGAGCCCAGCAGGUUGGAGACGCUCCUAAACUCGAGACAGGUCGAGCAGUACUCGAGGCAGGUGGAUGGAUUCACCGCUGGAGUCACCGCCAAGAUGUUUGCGGUCAAGAGCAACUUGCUUCCUGGCGAGUAG